GUUAAUCCUUCCGGUGACUUCCGGUAAACAAUAGGGGGGUGUUAAUGAGUUAAUUGGGGUGUCCUUCCGGCGGAAGUUACGUAAUGAGGGUACAUCCCCUGGAGGAAGUUCUUUUGUUUACAUCAUUCAUUCAUUCAUGGAGAGGUGGAGGAUGGACGUGUGUAGGGUACGAGGGACAAGGACCAAAUGACCAAACAAUGGGCCACCCGGCAUGUAUGUUGAAUGUGUGUGUUACCGACCAAUGAGAAUGCGAGGAUUUUUUUAGAAAGGAAGUGACCCAAAGUUGGUACUUGUUUGUGAUUGGACGAGAGAAAAUGGUGAACCUAUGGGCAAGUAUCAUAUGACAUCUAACUGUCGUUGAGUCAACAUCGCUUUGUUUUUGUUGUAAUACUGGCCAGAUUCUAUAAUGUACCAUGAUUUAUACAUGUGAUUUAAUGCACAAGCUUCGGGCAUGUACAUGCCUGGAAGAAGUAUCGAGUUUUCGUGAGGAAUAUUAUGAAGACCUUGAACCAGAACAACAUGCUUUGGUAUUUGCAAGGUCAUCCUACUUUUUGAGUUUGCAGGACUUGGAAGAUGGGAUUACCGAUGAUGAUUUAGUGGAUGUGUUCGUCGAGAACCAACAGCCCCCUCUCCCCCUAGCAACGCAGCACCAGCAAGGUCUUCCACAUGACGCAGCUACUCCAUGGCAACCAAAUUUUGAUGACGGCAUUUCCGAUGACCAUUUAAUGGAGAUGGACAUCAAUACAAAUAAGCCAUGUGACGCAACAUCAGUACCUGGCCCCUCUAACCGCCAACCAGCAGCAACAGCAGUGGCUGGACCCUCCCGCCAUCCAGCAUCAGCAGUGGCCGGACCCUCCCGACAACCACCAGCAGUGGCUGGACCUUCCCGUCAACCAAGAGCAGUGGCCGGACCCUCCCGACAACCACCAUCAGUAGCCGGACCCUCCCACAGUCAACCAAGAGCAGCAGCAGUAGCCGGACCCUCGUCUUUUCAUGUUGGGGGAUCUAAGAAACGUGUUGUAGAUGCACCGCCUGCAAGAGAACCCAAUCUCCCUACUCAUCACGUGACCAAAGUGAGUCAAAAACAUGUACGCAAAUACAAUGCUAAUGUAACUGAUUACACCGUUUCUUUCCAACCCAUAGAAAAUAACGGUCCCAUGAUAGAAAUGAUGCCACGCGUAAAUGAGAUGUUUGAAAAUAUCAUUGAAGAGAUGGUUGAGGGGGUAAAUGAUAGAGAUUUUGUUAGGAUUGUUUUCAAUUCCCCACAAUUAGAUAGACCCGUUAGUAUGCCAUUUGUAAGGAGGGAUCAAAUGAAUCACGAAGCAUUUGCAACCAAACUUGAGAAUACUAUUCAAUCGAAUGAUAAGGUAAGCUUGGACGAAACAGUCUCUUUCAACAUAUUACACAUGGCUAUGCCAAAUGGUGGUGGUUCCAAUGUGAAGUGCUUAACCAUCGAAGAGACAUUGUCCAGAAAAAGAUGCAUCAUCAGGAUGAAGAAUAAAGAUAACAUGUGUUGUCCAAGGGCUAUCGUAACUGGCAUUGCCCGGAUUGAAAAACACCCUAAUUUUGAGUCGAUCAAACGUGGUUACAAACAGCAAAGGGAAAAGACGGAAUUCAUGGCCGGUUUCAGGGUGGUGGUUGUUUCAAAAGAGCACUUAAACUUCAUUACGUAUGCUGGCCCCGAAGACAGGCAGCAUACCAUUUAUCUGUAUGUUCAUGACAAUCACUUUGAUCUCAUUACAUCAAUGGCCGCCUUCUACAACAAGUCAUAUUUUUGCCACGAGUGUUUGGUAGGAUACGACAAGAAACUCAGACACGACUGCAUUUUCCGCUGCAAACUUUGCAAGGGAGAUGACUGCCCCGCCUCCAAUGACCCCGAUUCCUACAAAUGCAUUAGCACCUGA